AUGGCCCUCCUGCCCCUCCUGGCCCUCUCCCUGCUGUCCUCUGCCGCCGCCCACCCACCCCCGGACCCCGUCUGCGCCCAGCUCAACCUCCCGCAGUCCUACUGCACCCGCUACCGGUCCCUCACGCCCGAGCAGCGCGCAUCCGAGAUCGCCGCCUUCCACGAUCGCAUCAAAACCUUCGCCGCGCUGAUGGAGUCAACGCCGCGGCUGGCCCUCCCCGCCGAGGACGAUUCUCUCGAAGCCGACGGCGAUUGCGUCAACGGUUGCAUCGAUGUCGUGAUCGAGGCGGGCAGUGGGAAGGGGGGUGGGUGGUCGUUGUGGCGGGCCUGGGUGUGGGCGAUGGCGAUGAUUGUCGUGAGGGCGGCCGCUGUGGCGUGGACGGCCGUGUGGCGGGUGGUGGCGGUGUUCUGCGCGACGUGCUCGGCAAGGGAGGUGGGGGUGUGGGAGGCGUGCUCAGCGGUUUGUCGCUAA